GUACUGUAUGAAGGCGAGGGCUGGAAAGAGGCCUGCUUGCAGGAAUACCCAGUCAUCUAGUUGGAAAAGCCGCCAGAUGGAAUACAAAAGGAGAAACCCAGGCGCUCAUGGAGACGGCCUCGGUUCAUAAAUCAGGUGGGGCCAGGGGCCUGGGGCCCACACACCAUGGAGCCAGACUCCCUCCUGGACGGAGGCGACUCCUACGAGUCACCCCAAGAAAGACCGGGCUCCCGGCGCAGCCUGCCGGCAGCCUCUCAGAGAAGAGCCCCAGCAUGGAGCCCUCCGCUGCUACACCGUUCCGGGUCACGGGCUUCCUCAGCCGCCGCCUCAAGGGCUCCAUCAAGCGCACCAAGAGCCAGCCCAAGCUGGACCGCAACCACAGCUUCCGCCACAUCCUGCCGGGGUUCCGGAGCGCAGCCGCUGCCGCCGCCUCCGCUGCGGACAAUGAGAGGUCUCAUCUGAUGCCAAGGCUGAAAGAGUCUCGCUCCCACGAGUCCCUGCUCAGCCCCAGCAGCGCAGUGGAGGCGCUGGACCUCAGUAUGGAGGAGGAAGUGGUCAUCAAGCCUGUACACAGCAGCAUCCUGGGCCAGGAUUACUGCUUCGAGGUUACAACAUCUUCUGGAAGCAAGUGCUUUUCCUGCCGAUCAGCAGCUGAGCGGGAUAAGUGGAUGGAGAACCUGCGGCGAGCAGUGCACCCCAACAAGGAUAACAGUCGGCGUGUGGAGCAUAUCCUAAAACUGUGGGUGAUUGAGGCCAAGGAUCUGCCAGCCAAGAAGAAGUACCUGUGCGAGCUGUGCCUAGAUGAUGUGCUCUAUGCCCGUACCACGGGCAAACUCAAGACGGACAAUGUCUUCUGGGGUGAGCACUUCGAGUUCCACAACCUGCCUCCUCUGCGCACAGUCACUGUCCACCUGUACCGGGAGACUGACAAGAAGAAGAAAAAGGAGCGCAACAGCUACCUGGGCCUGGUGAGCCUGCCUGCUGCCUCGGUGGCUGGGCGGCAGUUUGUGGAGAAGUGGUACCCAGUGGUGACACCCAACCCCAAGGGUGGCAAGGGCCCUGGGCCCAUGAUCCGCAUCAAGGCACGCUACCAGACCGUCACCAUCCUGCCCAUGGAGAUGUAUAAGGAAUUUGCCGAGCACAUCACCAACCACUACCUGGGGCUGUGUGCAGCCCUCGAGCCCAUCCUCAGUGCCAAGACUAAGGAAGAGAUGGCAUCUGCCCUGGUGCACAUCCUGCAGAGCACGGGCAAGGUGAAGGACUUUCUGACAGACCUGAUGAUGUCAGAGGUGGACCGCUGUGGGGACAAUGAGCACCUCAUUUUCCGGGAGAACACGCUUGCCACCAAAGCCAUUGAGGAGUACCUCAAGCUGGUCGGUCAGAAGUACCUGCAAGAUGCACUAGGUGAGUUCAUUAAAGCUCUGUAUGAGUCAGACGAAAACUGUGAAGUGGACCCAAGCAAGUGCUCGGCCUCUGACCUCCCUGAGCACCAAGGCAACCUCAAGAUGUGCUGUGAACUGGCCUUCUGCAAGAUCAUCAACUCCUACUGUGUCUUCCCAAGGGAGCUGAAAGAGGUGUUCGCCUCAUGGCGGCAGGAGUGCAGCAGCCGUGGCCGGCCAGAUAUCAGCGAGCGGCUCAUCAGUGCCUCCCUCUUCCUGCGCUUCCUCUGCCCAGCCAUCAUGUCACCUUCACUCUUCAACCUGCUGCAGGAGUAUCCUGAUGACCGCACAGCCCGCACCCUCACCCUCAUUGCGAAGGUUACCCAAAACCUGGCCAACUUUGCCAAGUUUGGCAGCAAGGAGGAAUACAUGUCAUUCAUGAACCAGUUCUUGGAGCACGAGUGGACCAACAUGCAGCGUUUCCUGCUGGAGAUCUCCAACCCUGAGACCAUCUCCAACACAGCUGGUUUCGAGGGCUACAUCGACCUGGGUCGUGAGCUUUCCAGCCUCCACUCGCUGCUCUGGGAGGCUGUCAGCCAGCUGGAACAGAGCAUCGUGUCCAAACUGGGACCCCUGCCUCGGAUCCUGAGAGAUGUCCACACAGCACUGAGCACCCCAGGCAGUGGGCAACUCCCUGGCACCAAUGACCUGGCCUCCACACCAGGAUCAGGCAGCAGUAGCAUCUCAGCUGGGUUGCAGAAAAUGGUGAUUGAGAAUGACCUCUCUGGUCUGAUAGAUUUCACCCGGUUACCGUCUCCAACCCCCGAAAACAAGGACUUGUUUUUUGUCACAAGGUCCUCUGGGGUCCAGCCUUCACCUGCCCGCAGCUCGAGCUACUCGGAAACCAAUGAGCCUGAUCUCCAGAUGGCCAACGGUGGCAAGAGCCUGUCCAUGGUGGACCUCCAAGACACCCGCACGCUGGACGGGGAAGCGGGCUCCCCAGCGGGCCCUGACGUCCUCUCCAGUGAUGGGCAGGCACCUGCAACUCAGCUGGUGGCUGGGUGGCCAGCUCGGGCAGCCCCAGUGAACCUGGCGGGGCUGGCCACCGUGCGGCGCGCAGGCCAGACACCAACCACACCAGGCACCUCUGAGGGUGCACCAGGCCGGCCCCAGCUGUUGGCACCACUCUCCUUCCAGAACCCUGUGUAUCAGAUGGCGGCUGGCCUUCCGCUGUCUCCCCGUGGCCUUGGAGACUCAGGCUCUGAGGGCCAUAGCUCCCUGAGCUCCCACAGCAACAGUGAAGAGUUGGCAGCUGCUGCCAAGCUAGGAAGCUUUAGCACCACUGCAGAGGAGCUAGCACGGCGGCCUGGCGAGCUGGCACGGCGACAGAUGUCACUGACUGAGAAGGGUGGUCAGCCCACAAUGCCUCGGCAGAAUAGCGCUGGUCCCCAGCGGAGGAUUGACCAACCACCCCCGCCACCACCACCUCCUCCUCCUGCUCCCCGGGGCCGCACACCCCCCACCCUGCUGAGCACCCUGCAGUACCCACGACCCUCGAGUGGAACCCUGGCAUCAGCCUCGCCUGACUGGGCUGGCCCUGGUGCCCGGCUGCGGCAGCAGUCCUCCUCUUCCAAGGGGGAUAGCCCAGAGCUGAAACCGCGUGCCGUGCAUAAGCAGGGCCCUUCACCCGUGAGCCCCAAUGCCCUGGACCGCACAGCUGCUUGGCUCUUGACCAUGAACGCGCAGUUGUUAGAAGACGAGGGCCUGGGCCCAGACCCCCCCCACAGGGAUAGGCUAAGGAGUAAGGAGGAACUCAGCCAAGCAGAAAAGGACCUGGCUGUACUGCAGGACAAGCUGCGAAUCUCCACCAAGAAGCUGGAGGAAUAUGAGACCCUGUUCAAGUGCCAGGAGGAGACAACACAGAAGCUGGUGCUGGAGUACCAGGCACGGCUCGAGGAGGGUGAGGAGCGGCUGCGGAGACAACAGGAAGACAAGGACAUCCAGAUGAAGGGCAUCAUCAGCAGGUUGAUGUCUGUGGAGGAAGAACUGAAGAAGGACCAUGCCGAGAUGCAAGCUGCUGUAGACUCCAAACAGAAGAUCAUUGAUGCCCAGGAGAAGCGCAUCGCCUCCCUGGACGCUGCCAAUGCCCGCCUCAUGAGUGCCCUGACGCAACUGAAAGAGAGUAUGCAUUAGAAACAAAAGCCCGCUUGCUCGCUUGCUGGAACACAGGGGCCUUUUAAAUUGAGCGUGCGCACUGCAUGGGAAAUAGCGGCCCUGGAGGAUGUUAGAGUUGCUCCCUCUCCAAGACAGCAGCAGCCUGCACCAGGCCCUGUGUGUGCACCUGCCUCCUCCUCACCCUUCCCGGCCCCAGCCAAGGACCCAGGCGCUGCAGGCAGGGGAGGGGCACACCCCACAGCUGGGGCUGAUUUUCCUCAGCUCUAGGCUGUUCUGUAGCAUAUCUGCCCCUCCCCACUUUGUGGGCCAUAAAUGGGCAGGAGCUUGGCUCUACUUGGCCCCCUCUGUUCUCACACCCUACAGAGUCCAAGCUCUGGCCCUGGGUCACCUAUGGCCUUUGCCCAGACAAUAGAGCCAGGGCUGGGUGGGCUGCAAGAGCCACCACCUCUGCCCCAGAGCCUGGGAUGUGCCAGAGUCCCUACCAGGAAGGGUGGAAGUCCUGGAGGAGUGGCCCAGAACCACACUGUACCCCAUCCUGAGCCCAUGCACAGGUGACAUGGCUGCUCUGUGAAGGGCUUUUAGAUGUAACCUAUAGCCCAGUUAGGCUAGGGACAGAUGUUGGUGGAGAGUGGGCUGGGCCACCAAGGUCAGAGGCCUCAGGAAGGAAGGAGGUAGGGGCUGAGGUCCUGCUGCCUCUCUUCCUGCCCCACUCCUGUCCACACCUCUGCACCUGCGCGUUUCAACCAGGGUGGCCUCUCCAGCAGGGCCUGGUACCAGUGCUGUUUUUCUCCCACUGCCCAGGGAGACCUGCUCUCCUCCCCACCCACCCCGUCCACCCAUGCCUCAUAGAGUGACCUUGGACUCAGCACCUCCGAGCAAUACAGGGAGGUCCCUAAGGCCUGGACAGGAGGGCAUGGGAGCCAGUCGCUGUGGCCUCUGUGGCCACCCUUGGUGGAGGUUGAGAGCUCUCCGGCCGAGAGCCUUAUUUACCUAGUGCAAAAACUGUAAAAGUGUACAGACUCUUCACAGAUUUUUAUCUUAUUGCAAGUCUGAAGAUUUUUGUAAAUGUUCUUGGUGUUUGACUGUAAUGUAACUAUUUCACCCAAGGGAUGUACAUAGUCCUUUAGUCCUGGUGCUGUGAGGGCCGGCCGGGACCGCUGCUCUCCAAAUGGUUCAUACCGUACCUUGGAACCUAGAGGACAGUGUUGGGCAGGACAAGGAGCUUUGGGAUCUGGGUGUUUGUGUCUCUUCCCUUCCCGUGGCAUUAAUUUGUAGGCUUUGCAGCAUGCUGUCCUGGUGGAGGCUGGUGGGGACAUGUGCUCUGAUGGGACCAGUAAAGAGGCCUUCUGUGCAAGGCCAUGGAGAACCUGCACCGCAGGCCAGAGCCAGGCCUGGGGUUGCCAGAGGUCCCUGAGGGAAGGAUGGUCCCUGCUCAGGGAAGGCCACGCUCCAGAGCUCCCUGGCCUCCAAACUCCAGGUCUGCUGGUGAAUGCUGCCCCACCAGUGCAGAAACCUGGCCUUUUUUGCUCAGUUCCUGUAUUCAGGGUAAAGGAAACUGCCAAAUUUCUCAUGAAUGAAGACUUCUCUGACUGCCCAGGAAGGGGUGGGAAUCAGGGCCAGAGCUCCACAUGCACCACCCCCAGCACCUGCCCGAGGGACACCACUCCCUCACACCUGUCCAUCUGGGAGCCAGACUGUCCAGGGAACCAGCCCCUCUUUUCUACACACUUGGCCACAGGCUACCCCUAGCCCUCCACUGUGUCCUAGCCCCACCUUUGUAAGUAUGUGAAAAGGAAAAAUGCAAACGUUGGAGUUUGGCUGGAGUGCCUCCUCUAGCUGUGACUUUUAACCAUGUAAUAAUGUACAGAGAAGUUGUUGGUGUUCUAAGACUGUGUGGCUGUGCAAUUUCUGUACAUUUGCAAUUAGAAAUAUUAAAGAUUUA